AUGAACUACCGGUGGGGCGGGAAUAAUUCAACGCUAUCAAGACCCAUCCAAGUAUCGGCCCCGCGGUACCAUCCGAUUUCCAUCGGCGAUGUUCUUGUGGAUAGAUACACCGUUGUCCACAAGUUGGGCUAUGGUGGUUGGUCAACCAUCUGGUUGGCCCGAGAUGCGGCACUUGGACGAUAUGUCGCGAUCAAGAUUGCGCUCGCCGACGCCGGAUCCCGUGAAAUCGAGAUGCUAAGAGAAUUAGCUUCCCAUCCAGCCGCUUGGACUACCCAUCGUAUCUGCCAAUCCGCCGUCCCCGAGGUCAUUGACAAUUUCACGAUACACGGCCCUAACGGGACUCACAGCGCCAUCGUCACCUGCCCCGCCAUGGUAUCUGUUGCGAAGGCAAAGGAGGGCUCGGACCUGGGAGUGUUCCAGCUGCCCGUAGCUCGUGCGAUUGCUGCCCAGCUCGCCCUCGCCGUAGCGUAUGUGCAUAGUCGUGGGAUAGUCCACGGUGGUGAGUAGUCGAAGUUGCUCGCCAAUUACCCACUUGGGGCCUUAAACUGAAAUGAGUCUCCAAAUCUCCACACGGGCAACAUCCUUCUUCACCCGACCACUGCUCUCAAUUCUCUUUCUCC